AUGUUCUCACAAAAGAAUGUUGAACUGGCUCUGAGCCUCCUUGCCACGAGCUCACUCGUGGCUGCUGGACCWUGCGACAUUUACGCCUCUGGGAACACACCUUGCGUAGCCGCUCACUCAACUACUCGAGCUCUAUAUAGUGCCUUCAACGGAGCCUUAUACCGCGUAUCGCGUGGAUCGGAUGGUGCCACGACUGACAUCAAACCACUGUCCGCCGGUGGUGUUGCCAAUGCUGCUUCACAAGAUUCAUUCUGCUCGGGCACGACAUGCCUCAUCACCAUAAUCUAUGAUCAGUCCGGUAAAGGCAACCACUUAACCCAGGCUCCACCAGGCGGGGCCGCCAGCGGGCCGAACCCCGGCGGCCUUGAUAACUUGGCCAGUGCCACUGGAGCACCCGUAACACUGAACGGGAACAAGGCAUACGGAGUCUUCAUCUCUCCUGGAACUGGUUACCGGAAUGAUGAGACCACCGGUAUUGCAACAGGUGACGCGGCGGAGGGGAUGUAUGCCGUGCUUGACGGGACUCACUUCAACGACGGUUGCUGUUUUGAUUACGGCAACGCCGAGACCAACAACCUAGACACCGGAAACGGGCACAUGGAGGCCAUUUACUUUGGAUCGAACACUUUCUGGGGCUCUGGUGCCGGUAGUGGACCUUGGCUGAUGUCCGACAUGGAGAACGGGUUGUUCUCGGGUUCCAACCCCAAGAACAACCCUGCAGACCCAUCGAUUUCCUACCGCUUUUUGACAGCGAUCACCAAGGGGAAGCCGGGUCAGUGGGCUCUCCGUGGGGCGAACUCCGCGUCUGGCAACCUGGCGACUUAUUAUAGCGGUGGACGUCCAAAUGUAUCGGGAUACAAUCCCAUGAGUAAGGAGGGCGCCGUACUCCUUGGAAUCGGAGGGGACAACAGCAUCAGUGGUCAGGGAACUUUCUACGAGGGUGUCAUGACCAAUGGGUAUCCUAGCGAUGCCACCGAGAACGCAGUCCAAGCCAAUAUUGUCGCUGCCAAGUACGUCGCCGGAGCUUUGACCAGUGGUCCAGCGAUUAAAGUUGGUUCGUCUGUCUCACUCCGCGCUACGACGCCUGGAUACACUUCAGACCAUCUGGCCCAUAACGGAUCAACCGUCAACCUCCAGCCAGUAUCAUCAUCGAGCGGAACCGCUCUGAAGCAGCAGGCCAGCUGGACUGUCCGCACCGGUCUCGCCAAGAGCGAAUGCGUCUCAUUCGAAUCCAAAGACACUCCGGGCAGCUUCAUUAGACAUAACAACUUUGUGCUGAAGCUGGGUACUAAUGACGGUUCGAAGAUCUUCAAUGAAGAUGCGACAUUCUGCCCGCAGGCUGGCCUCAAUGGACAAGGUAACUCCAUCAGAGCUUGGGGCUAUCCCACUCGUUAUAUUCGCCACUACUCCGAGGUUGGUUACAUUGCGAGUAAUGGUGGACCAGAUACCUUCGACAAUGCCAACUCGUUCAACAACGACGUGAGCUUUGUUGUUGGUAACAGCUUCGCGUGA